GGUGUUAGUUUCAUGAACUCUGCUAUACCUCAUCUCUUAUUUUUGUAUUAACAUAGUUUAAGAUUUUAACAAUGGCAUUGAAAUUUUGCAGGUUAAGCCUCGUUACACUUUUGCUAGUGAUCGGAAUUCUCAGGUUCCGAGCCACUGCCCGUGACUUGCAAGUGUAUUCCAUGCUCGAAAGACAUGAAAAAUGGAUGAGUCACCAUGGGCGCGUAUACAAAGAUGAUGUUGAAAAGGCGGAGCGAUUUAAGAUAUUUAAAGAAAAUGUCGACUUUAUUGAGUCUUUCAACAAUGAUGCUACUCAUUCUUACCAGCUUGGCCUCAAUAAAUUUGCAGAUCUAACAAACGAAGAGUUCCAAUCUAUGGUUGGUAGAUAUAAUCAAUCUUCCCUUCCAAAGACAUCAAAUUUGCAGCCAUUUAGUUACCAAAGUGAAGUUUCCAGUCCUGAUAGUUGCGAUUGGAGAGAGCAAGGUGCUGUCACUGCUGUCAAGGAUCAGGGUAGAUGCGGGUCAUGUUGGGCAUUUGCAGCAGUAGCAGCAGUUGAAGGACUGAACCAGCUAAAAACUGGAAACUUGGUUUCACUAUCCGAACAACAACUUCUUGAUUGUGAGGCAACAAAUAACAAUGGUUGUGGUGGUGGCAUCAGGACUGAAGCAUUUGAAUACAUAGCCGAAAAGGGGGGCCUCACAACAGAAUCAAAUUACCCUUACACUGGAAUUCCAGGAACCUGCGAUAGCCAAAAGGCAGAAUCAACAGUAGUAACAAUAUCCAGCUACAAAAUAGUGGAUCAAACUGAAUCAGCACUGUUGCAAGCUGUAGCAAAUCAGCCUGUCUCUGCAGGUAUCACUAUUGGGAGUGACGAAUUUCGGUUUUACAAAGGUACUGGAAUAUUUCAUGGGGAGUGUGGGGAGAGUUCACAUCAUGCAGUGACAGUGGUAGGGUACGGAACAACUGAGGAUGGUACUAAAUAUUGGUUGUUGAAGAAUUCAUGGGGAGAGACUUGGGGUGAAGGAGGAUAUAUGAGAAUGGCUAGAGAUAUUGUGGACGGUGGAGUUUGUGGCCUUGCUACUCGUGCUUCUUUCCCCACUGCUUAAUUAAGGCUCAUAUAGUGAGGCAACAGAUUUGAGAAGUCUGUUUUUUAUGUAAGUGUUUUACGUGCUUAUGUAGUCCUAAUUAAGGGUGGUGAUUGAGUUUUCCAUCGACACUUGUGUUGUUUUAAGUAAUCUCUUUAAUUAUCAAAGAAUGUUAUUUGUCAAGUAUUAAGAACACAUGAAUAUUUUAUGCAGUCAAA